AUUAAGAUCUCCUAAACCUGUGUUUACCACAUAACUUAUUUUCGGCGUUUAUCCCAAAAUGCCAUUCAUUUUCCUCAUAGGCUUUGUCCAUCGAACCAUGGCGGAGUUAUUAGUGCCUACAAAAAGACAGUUACUAUUUAUCUUAGCCUUUAGCGUCGUACAAACUAUUAACGUCAUUUCCUGAUAAAAUCAAAGAACGUUCAAAUAGAAUAUGCACCAAUCAGAUAGUUAGAUUUGUUGAUCUCUAUAUAAUUGACGGCAAUUCUUCCAAUCACUGCAUGUCUUCACGACAUCCGCCUCCUCUCCGUCAGCAAAUCCGCUUUCUCAAGCGUUAUCAAGGUUGUUCGUGAAAUCCAUUCUCUGUUCUUUGUAUAGAGCUAUUUUCCCUGCUUCGUGCGCUGGAAUCGUAUUGAUCCAAACAUUUAUUUUGGUAAAGGUAUGAAAAAAGUGUGGUUGAAUAUACAAAAAUGGUGCUUUCAUCUGAGAAGUAGCUUAUAUUAGUUAGCAAUAUGUUGCAUUAAUUUGCUAGGAAAUAAACUAUUGUGCUAGCUAGCUAUGGUUAGCUAGGAGUGAGGAUGGUUAGUUUAGUUAGCGAUGUUGCUAGCCAGCUUCCCAAAUGUAUAAGGUAGCUAACGUUAGUUAGUUAGCUAACGUUAGUUAUCGAACGUUGGCUAAUACGUUUUAAUUCGUUAACUAACAGAUUGUUUCAAAAUCGAUGUUGGUUUGCUAGCUGCCAAUGCACCAUGCACGCCUUGAACUAGUUAGUUAGCUACCUAGCUAGCAAACAAAGGUGGCUUUCAAAUUCGGCUAGUUAACGUUAGGUAGUUGCUUUACUCUAUCUUGAUAACAUAACAAGCUAGCCAGUGAUGUCGCAUUUCAUUACCUAGCCAAUAGUAUCUCUCAAAACGCCACUCUUUACAAUCGACUAUUUCCUUGCUAAACGUUAGGCAAAAAUAUUUUUUGACUGUGAAAUUAGCAGUUAUAUAACUAACUAACGUUAAACACUCGUCUAGAUAGCCAACUAACGUAUAUCGUUCCUCUGGCUUUGAAAUCUUUCAUUUAAAAAAACAACUAAUUAACCCGAUUAUGUUCGCUAUAAUGUAGUGACUCUGUGUUAAUGACUGUCCUUUUUAUUAGAUGCAAGGAAACUGGGGCCACCGUGGUGAACAGCAGAAUCAUGGCCCAUCUAGACACCAGAUGGAGAAUCAGAAAAAACCUGGAGAUAACAGCAAUGGACAGCAUGCAGAUGAGCAGGAGAGCCCAAGUAAGAUUGGAUUCAUUGACUCCUGAACUCUGUUUUGGAAGGAAAUGAAAUCCUCCUGUAUUAGAUGAUUCUAAUAUUUUGCUUCUCUGUAGAUGCUGGGAUUACCAUAGAUCUACAGAACUUCAGGAAACCUGGAGAGAAGACUUACACUCAGCGUAGCCGUCUCUUUGUGGGAAAUUUACCAACUGGUGUUACAGAGGCAGAGGUGGAGAAGUUGUUUUCCAAGUAUGGCAAGGCAGCUGAGAUUUUCAUCAACAAGGACAGGGGGUUUGGAUUCAUUAGAUUGGUAAGUUGCUAGUGUAGUGGAUAACCAAGUGCAUCGCUACUGCCUUACCAAGAUCUAUAAAUGCUGUCGCCCCGGAUUCAGAAUUGCCUUGGCAUUUCUAGGUCAGUGCUAUUGACAGUGUCUCGAGUGAGUUGUGUUACGUUGAGAAGGGUUGUGAGUUCGCACCCCGGUCAGGUGGAAUGGCCACUCUGUCACUAGCAUAUUCAAGAGAUGGAAGUUAUAUUCCUCAAUCCUAAAUUAUAGGGAAAACAGACUGGUUGACUGAUAUCACACAUGAUUUGCGCAACGAUGUGGCUGGAAGGUGUGAGUUGUUAUGAAUCUGAACGGUUAGAUAGUUAGCAACAGUGGGGAAUAAAAGGUCGCUUCGUUUCAGCAUGUAUCUUAUUGAUACCAUGUCUUGUUUUGAGGUGUUUUGACUGUCAUGUCUGUGUUAAUAUGGCAAAAAUUCGCUAGCUAAUCAACAACUAACGAUGUAUGUGAGACAAGUGCUCAUUGUGUUUGUUUUCAACGAACAUAUGGAGACGAACUAUAGUUAUGUUGUCAACAGUCUAAAGGCGUCCACAGUUCGAAAGAGUUCGUGCAUAUAUUAUGACAACAUUUUGUGACAUUUUGGACUUUUUUCAGCUGUUCGGGCACACAUUUUUUUCUGGAGGCAAGCUGAAGUUCGGAGCCGAAGUCUACACCCCUUCGUUGGUGAUUGGUCAACAGUAGGGAUGCUUCAAUAGUCUUUGUCAUUCAACCAGAGACAACUUGUUUUCAUGCAAUGUUUUUCAUUGAGAAAUACUGCACCAAACAUCUUAGAUGUGAAAUUGCGUGACUAAGAUCUCUUUGACAAAAAUGUUAUCUUAGAUUCAUUCUGACUUUUGAGGAAGUGUAUACUGGCGAUGGCGUCUCAAAAUGGACAAACGGUGCUAUUGCCGCUUUUUUCUCGUUUUUCAAGCGAAUGUCUUUUAAGGGAGUAUGCAAGCAGACAUGUUUGGCUAGCUGAGUUCAGUUGGGCGCCAGCCAAACUGAUGCAUGCUGAUGCCAACCUCGUCUGUUUUUCCCAAUUGUUGCGCAAGCGUUGGUUUUGUUGCGAAACAACCAACCUUUGUAUUCAUGUGACUACUUUGGAAAUGUUCUUAUUUUAUAAUUUUCUACCAACAGGAGACAAAAACAGUGGCUGAGAUUGCUAAAGCCGAACUUGAUGAAACCUCAUUCAGAGGCAGACAGUUGCGCGUGCGGUUUGCGACACAUGGUGCUGCUCUAGCUGUGAGGAAUUUGCCACAGUUCAUUUCCAAUGAGCUCCUGGAAGAGGCUUUCUCCUUCUUUGGCCAGAUCGAAAGGGCCAUAGUUAUAGUGGAUGAUAGAGGGAGACCCACAGGAAAAGGGAUUGUGGAAUACACAGCCAAGCCUGCGGCAAGGAAGGCUUUGGAUAGGUGUGCAGAUGGAGCCUUUCUAUUGACCGCGUAAGUAUAAUGCUGUAAAUGUAUUUUAAAAAACAUGUUGACGUUUCAAAUGCAUUUGUUGUGAUGUUUUCAAAUUGGCAAAAGUCAUGCUGAUUGUUUUCCGCUGUCAGAUUCCCCAGGCCAGUAACAGUCGAGCCAAUGGAGCAGUUUGAUGAGGAUGAGGGACUGCCAGAGAGGAUUGUGAACAAAAACCAAGUUUUUCACAAGUGAGUAAUCAUACUGAGUUGGCAUGCUUUCUCAGAAUGCAUUGGUCAGAACUGUGCGUACAACAAUCUCACACUUUGCUGCUGAAAAGAGGUACAAUCCAUAACAUGAAAAUGUUGCGUACUGAGCUGUUUUUCUUGUGUAAAAUCUCUCCGCCAGGGAGCGGGAGCAUCCACCGAGGUUUGCUCAGCCAGGGACAUUUGAGUAUGAGUAUGCCAUGCGCUGGAAGGCCCUGUUGGAGAUGGAGAAGCAACAGUAUGAGCAGGUGGACAGGAACAUCAAGGAGGCUCAGGAGAAGCUGGAGCAGGAAAUGGAGGCAGCCAGACAUGAGCACCAGGUUGUCCUGAUGAGACAAGGUAUGUAUGGUCUCGGUCCACUCUAAAGAUGCCUUAUCAAUACAAAGUUUAGGACACUGAUGAACACAACGUGGUGUCUUAUGGGAAAAUGUGUAUUCCUUGAAGUGUCCUACCACCAGAUUUAGCCCAGAUGUCAAUCUUAUACUACACCGCUUGAAUGUAGUCCUGUUGGCAAUUGAUUCAUAUUGUUUAGGUCUAUACACUGGGUGACUAACAAUUGGGGUGUUCAUCUCAUUACAGACCUGCUGAGGCGUCAGGAGGAGUUGAGGAGAAUGGAGGAGCUCCAUAAUCAGGAGCUGCAGAAGAGGAAGCAGAUGGAGUUGCGUCAGGAAGAGGAGCGUCGCAGGAGGGAGGAGGAGAUGAGGAUGCACACCGAGGAGAGGAUGAGGCGGCAGCAGGAGGGCUUCAAGGGGAACUUCCCUGGAAAUGUGAGUCUUUGCUUCUUGACACUGGUUAAACGCACAGAUUUAAAAGAAAAAUCAAUCAUUAUUCCUCAAUACACAGAAAUGAAAGUUGCCUAAAAUAUUUCUAAGCAUCUUUACAAUUGUGUUUUGUUUGUGGUUACUGGUAUUCAGCAAUUGGAAAAAGGACAAGUAUUCGCUAAAACAACUAUUUUGGUUGGAUUCUGAAAGCUGUCUUGUUUAAUGUAUCUGAUUUAAAGAAUGCCUUUCUAAUAUAAUAAUAAUAAUAAUAUGUUUUCAUCCUUUUUUUUGUGGGAGCAGGAGAUGCGGAUGCACAUGCAAGGUAAGUUUUCCAUUAAAUCACAUUUUAUUGGUCACAUACAUGUGUUUAGCAGAUGUUAUUGCGGGUGUAGCAAAAUGCUUGUGCUUCUAGCUCCGACAGUGCAGUAAUAUCUAACAAUUUCAGAACAUAUACCCAAUACACACAUCUAAGUAAGGAAUGAAUUAAGAAUAUUUACAUAUAUGGACGAGCGAUGUCAGAGCGGCAUUGACUAAGAUACAGUAGAAUAGUAUAGAAUACAGUAUAUACAUAUGAGAUGAGUUAGCGGUCAGAUCUUCACUGAGCUAUCAAGGGUACCGUGUUAUCUAGUAUAUAUUGCAUUGGUUUGCUGAUGUGUUGUCUGUUUUGGUUUGGUGUAGGUCAAGGAAUGAACAGAAACUCAAUGGGUGGUGGUGAAGGAAAGCCUAGCGGGCCCAACCCUGGAGCUGCCAACAUGCCUGCCGAGAACCCCCCUUUAAUGGUAAUAUUAGAGACCACUUAUAAUAAUAUAAUAUGCCAUUUAGCAGACGCUUUUAUCCAAAGCGACUUAGUCAUGCGUGCAUACAUUUUUUUUAGGUAUGGGUAGUCCCGGGGAUCGAACCCACUACCCUGGCGGUACAAGCGCCAUGCUCUACCAAUUGAGCUACAGAGGACCGAAUAACAAACAAUAUAUUUACAUACCAAGAUUAACAAAUGCAUUGUGCGAACAGAGAACCAAAUAUGUAUCCUGAUAAAGUGUCAUGUAAAUAUACAGCUGCAACAGACUCGCUUCAAUUUUUCUAAUUGUCGCCCAUGUUACAUUUCUUUUUUGUUUUCUCCAACAGGGGGCAGGAAACGACAUCAUGCCUGUAGGAGGCCAGCCUGGCUUCCCAAGGGCCCCCGGCCAAGGCCCUGCUGAUUUUGCCAACAAGCGUCGCAGAUUCUAAAAUCGUCAAUUCAACUUUUUUACUUUUCAAACUGUACUAUAUUUUAAGUCAUACUUGGAUUAUUACAUUUAAUGUACUGUGAAAAUUGUAUGGGGAAUAUUCUGAUUUUUUUUUGUUUUAAAAUAGUGUCAAGUUGGCAUUUUCGUAUUUCAGAUGAAUACUGCUUCUGUAUAGACUUUAUUUUUAUUCCUCAAAACCAGUGGCGUAGUGGAGGGUAAACGCAGAAAAAUGCAUUGCAUGUGUGUGGAGUGUUGCUUUUUUCACUGCGACCGGCGAUCAGUUUACCCACCUAUUUUUAUACCACUACACCACCGCUCAAAACAAUGUGCUUUUAUAUAGCAAUAGUACAUUUGUCACUCAUUCUCUCUCUAAGCCUUUCUGAAUAGCUUUAAAUAAAAUCUUAAUUCCAUGUAGGUUUUUUGGUACUUCAUGUUUUAUUUGAGUUAACUGUGUUAGAAUGUAAUCCUUUCCUUCAAAAGGCUGGUUCAGCGAAGGUAUAGAAGACAUGCAUGAGAUAAUAAUGUAAUUGCCAGUAGUUACAAGUAUGAUUUGAUGACUUGGCCUUUAUUAAAGCAUUUAGAUUUUUACUAAAGCACUGCUACACUUAUCAAUCAGUGAAAAUGAUAUGAAAAAUGUAUGCAGUCACUAACUGUAAGUCGCUCUGGA